AUGACUCAUAUAUCAGGGUGCGCCAUAGUGGUCAAAUCCAUUGCUUUCCACUCAAGUCUGCCUGCACCAGUUAUACCUGAGAUGGGUAGACGGGCAACUGAUCACACGACUCCAGUGCCAGUUCUUGGAGAGCCUGCACUUGUUGGGACACGUGUCUGGAGGACCGUGGCAAAUGGGACCAGUAGUAUGGCGACCCUCACACUGUCUCAUCACUGUAACGUCGGUGUGCAGACGUCACCUGCGAUGAAAAACAACCAACUACAGCUAAACGGCAAACAUGUGGAUACUUGUAGCAGUCAAUCAGAAAACAAAGUGAUCAUGCCACCUAACGGCCACAUCCCAAACGAGGCUGGUAAACAGGAGGAUAACGGAAAAGAAAAAACUAAAAGUAUCAUUUAUAAACGAAAAAGUCUGGAGACUAAAAUGAAAAAGGGUGUGACUUUUGAGGGACUGGAGAGGGAUAUUUGUAAAAACAUCAGAGAAGAAGUCCAGUGCCAUAAUUGUCCAAUCAGAACCAGUCCUCCGUUGAGAGGUGUGGCUAACAACAGGUUAAACCCGAGAAGGAAUUGUCACUUCACCAAUGGGAGUGUGGUUGACUCUGAGGUAAUGGGUGGGAUCAGCAGUGACAUCAGUGAAGGGGAGGAGUCUACCACUGGAAAGAAAAAAACGUUACCUCCUCGCUCACCUCCUCACAGACCUCCUGUGACCAUCUGCAGCACUUGUGGUGGAAGACAGAAUCCAACACCUCCUGGACUUUACAGCCAAAUAAGGAUGUUUACACCGCCAACUUCCGCAGGUUCUCUGGGACUCCAGUCAAGACAUUCAUCCCCUCUUUACCCUGGGAAGGACGUGCAGGAAUACACGCAGAGCACACGCAGUGCUACACAGUCAGACCAGCAGACAGAGCCUACGGUUUUCAGACGCUCUGUCCUGAAUCAGCUUAAUAAUGACACUCUUGAGUCCUCAUUACUAGCCAUCGCUUCCGCUAGGGCUUUUCCUCAAGCUACAACACACAACAGGACUGAAUUGAAAUCUUGGAGUGACACAGAGUCAAAGAAACAAACUGAUAUUAAGGCAGUGGAACCAGAAGGUCAAAUGACCAAUGGCUCACAACACUCGCUUCAACCUCCAAACAAACCACCUCCUUCUUGUCGACCUCCUAAACCUUCCUCUGCACCUCCACAAGCACCAGCUUUUAAAUUCGUAAAUGGGAACCUGAAUGUGGCCUCCAAUCAAAACCCACUUUUGGAUCCCUCAGACACUUUGCCUACAGAGCACGCACAGAAAGACGGGAGUCUCCAGAACUCAAAGACACAGAUGGAAUCUCGUUCUGAAGCGGUUGGGUCCAUCCCAAGUGAACGCUGUUCCAUAAUGCACGACCAUCCGGGUUCUGCGGUAAGGUUGCUGCCUGCAUCCCCUAAAUGUGGCAGUCUGCGGGACCCUAAGUGUAGAUUAGAGAUGGUAGAGGCGAGUCUGCAGUCAAACAAGGAAAGAGUCACAACUCUGCUCAACGUCAUCCAGGACCUGGAGAUGAGCCAUGCAAUCAGCAAAGGUCGGCGAUGUUUUCGGACUGGCCAAGACCUCAGUGACUGUUCCACCUGUCAGAAGACUGCAUGUGCUGUCUACAGUGUGGAGUAUGACUUCCGUCAACAGGAGAGAAGAUUCAAGGAACUCCUCCAGAGUCUGUGCCCAUCAUGCCCAGAGAGGAAAGAAGGAUCUCUUUCUUUACUCACCUCACUCAUUCAGAAUCACAAAUUACACCAGCUAAAUGCAAACAUUAUGACCCAAAGCCAAUCUGAGAGUCAAACCCACAGACAGCCUCAGAUUAUUUCUCAGAUUCAGUGCCAGAUUCGGUCUCAGUCUCAAACUCAGUCGCAGCCACAGAUUCAGUCUCGGCCUCAGGCUCAGCCACAGAUUGUGUCUCGGAUUCAACCUCAGAUUCAAUCUCAGUCACAGAUUCCGUUUCAGCCACAGAUUCAAUCUCAAAAUCAGAUUAUAUCUCAGAUUCAAUCCCAGACUGAGAUUAUGCCUCAGAUUCUGCCUCCGAUUCAGAUUCAGUCUCAAGGUCACCCCCAGAAUCAGUGCCUGUUCAAGGCUAAAAUCAAAAGGAAGAAAUUAUGCAGGAAGCUGUUUAGCUGGCUGCCACACAAAGUCCAAAGGAAAUGACUACAUAAUGCCAAGUAUCUGAUUUUCAUGCAUGACUCUCAACCCUCUGGUAUGUGGAGUCACAACUCCUUUUUCUCCUAAUGCAGUCGGAAGUCUGAUAUAUUUUGUGGAAUGGAGCAAUAUUACAUGGCAUUCUGUGACUGAACU